CACUGCGCCUCCACCGGGACGCGUCCAGCCCCGGAACGCGCGGCGCAGAGCCGUCGUGACUAUUCACACGUGAAAAGCAACUUAUUCACCGGUGACACGUGACGACGGGAGCCAUCGGGUCUUGUUGAGAUGCUGAACGUUCUGCAGCGGAGCUCGGCGAAUUCGAACCAGCCCAAGUGCGUCCUUCUUUAUCUUGCAGCCCCGUCUGAGAAAUUUCCUGUGCGCAACCCGGUUCCCACGGGACGCGCUCGUCGCUCCUCUCACCGAACGGCCCAAAUCUCAAACAGGGGAGGUUCUACUUAUGAAAAGACGCUAAUGUGGUUUGCAGCGAACGCUCGGGCUCAAUAAAUAAUAUCGUUCCUUUUCUGCACAUUCCGGUUCGCUGUCAACACCCAGGCUCCGCGUCCAGUCGUCCGCGUCCCGCUCCGGGUUUUACAAACCUCCCCCCGCCGCAGUGGGAGGAAGUGGAACCACAAAGCGAGCAGUACCACUGUGCUAGUGAAAAAUAGUGAAAAACACAGCGGAGAGGGGCUUCCACUGGAACAUGUGCCAUAUUGGAGCUUAGACCACAGCAGCGGGCAGCGACGCUUGGCACACGGCGCGAGGGAAGCCACUUGGCCGAGAGCGAGCUCCGUCAGCCCGGGCAGCCUGCUAGGCAGAACCGACGCUGGUUCGGUUGGCGCAGCACCACGACCCGCUCGGCUCGGGCUUCAUUUGAGGAAUCCCGGGUAUAAGGACGCCGGUGCAGCGGAAAGGAAGAGGAAACGUCGGGUGACGGGCAGCGAAUAGCCGCCGUCCAGCCGAGCCCCGUCCCCAGAAGCGCUCCCUCCCUCCCGGCCACCGCCAUCAGCGUCACCGCAAGAUCGGAAGCUUGAUGCGGGGUCUCCACGAGAGGAGGCUCCCCCUAACGCCCAGGACACCCCACCGCGGAGCUAUGGAUUAUUUGGUGCCAUCUUUGCCGUAUUUUUAACUCCCUUCGGCGUUAGAAGUCUGUUUUUUUUCGCCAGACCUCCCCAGAAACGUUACCCGCGGCCAGUGCGCUCGAAGCCGUUAGCUUAGAAAGCAAAGUCGAGCCAGUGCUACAGCUGCGACCAGCCCAGCGUUUUGUGUUUGCUCCUGGCAACGAGGGCAUUUAAAGUCUGCUCUGGACUGAAAUAAUCCAAACUGGACGCGAAGGCUGGUGAAUUACUCCUGGCGCCAGGUUAUUCGUUAGUUAGCCCACUGGCUAGCAGCUUUGGCGUGGCUAGCUAGCGUGGCGGCUAACUAGCAGCGAACCCGCAUAUCGGUAUUAGCGGGAGGCUGGUUCGGGUUCGGCAGCGUGGAUUAGCCCUGUGACCAGCUGGUUCCACCCCGUGGCGUGGAUCGGACUCCAGGCUGUUUGAACACGUUUUUGUGUGACUGAUGAGCCUAUAGAGAGGAACAUUUUCGCGGUCACAGAACGCCAGCCAGCGGCGACCACGGCAGCUUAAACGGCGGUGAAGUGUGGAGCUUGAGGGAACACGGACCAUGAGCGGUUCUGGCUCGUCCUGGACCUGUGAUCCCGUGCUAUGAUCUGUGCAAACCGUCGUCUGAACGAUCGUUGUCUUCGCUGCACACGCUGACGACGACCGAGCCCUCGGAUGGUUCACAUUUCAACCUGUCGCCCUCCUGAAUUUCCCCUUUUUUCUGCCUGCUUGUUAUUUGAAACGAAGAAAACCCAACAGCACGUGCGUUCGCGCUGUAAAGCUGGUCGUUCGGACACAGACGGAGCCCGUUACGUUUUCACGUUGCAGCCACUACGUUCGGAGCCUUUUUUCGACAGCCCACUGUUUACGUUUCAUGAGAAUUCUCCGAGCACAUGCCGCAGUGGAGCCGAACCAGCCGUUUGGACACACUCCGUCCGCGGUGACCUGCGGGACUUGACAGCUGCACAUCCAGCAUCUGGCCACAUCUGGCCACCUGUGCGAGACGCGUCGCGCCGCUAUAAACCGAGGAAGUGCUGAUCUUCAAAGCGAAACGUUACCUUCCGCCCCGCCUGCUCUAAAUGGGAUUACAAGGACGGUGAUCUGUCGAGGCCUGGCCACUGUAACUGUCGAGCAACCCGUCACUUAAUGUCUCCCCUCCCGAAUUUCCCCGUUUCUUUCACAAUGAUGGCAGUUUGAGGCGAAGUGAGCAGCCUACAGCCGGAGAUAACGACACCUUUCCUGUCGAUGCUCAGCAGCUGGCCCCGUCGCACACCUCGGCCCUUAAUCAGAUUCGCUCGUCCCGGGGUCGAAAGAUGGCGGACCUCGAAGCAGUGCUCGCCGAUGUCAGUUAUUUGAUGGCGAUGGAGAAGAGCAAAUCUACUCCAGCGGCCAGGGCGAGUAAGAAGAUCAUCCUCCCCGAGCCCAGCAUUCGGAGUGUGAUGCAGAAGUACCUGGAGGAGAGAGAUGAACUCACGUUUGACAAAAUCUUCAACCAGAAAAUUGGCUUCCUACUGUUCAAGGACUUCUGUAUGAAUGAGAUUGAUGAGGCCGUGCCACAACUCAAGUUCUACGAAGAAAUUAAGGAGUACGAGAAGCUGGACUCGGAGGAGGAAAGGUUGACCCGCAGUAGGCAGAUUUAUGACGGCUACAUCAUGAAGGAGCUCCUUUCCUGUUCACAUCCUUUUUCUAAGAAAGCGGUGGACCAUGUACAGAGUCACUUGGCAAAGAAACAGGUUCCCCCAACUCUCUUCCAGCCAUACAUAGUGGAGAUCUGCGACAGCUUGAGAGGAAACAUCUUCCAGAAGUUUAUUGAGAGUGACAAGUUUACUCGUUUUUGCCAGUGGAAGAACGUGGAGCUCAACAUCCAUCUGACCAUGAACGACUUCAGCGUGCAUCGCAUCAUCGGCAGAGGUGGCUUCGGAGAGGUGUACGGCUGCAGAAAGGCCGACACAGGGAAGAUGUACGCCAUGAAGUGUUUGGACAAGAAGAGGAUCAAGAUGAAGCAGGGGGAGACUCUAGCACUCAACGAGAGAAUCAUGCUGUCAUUAGUCAGCACAGGGGACUGCCCGUUCAUUGUGUGCAUGACGUACGCCUUCCACACCCCGGACAAGCUCUGCUUCAUCUUGGACCUUAUGAAUGGGGGCGACCUGCAUUACCACCUGUCUCAACACGGCGUGUUCAGCGAGAAAGAGAUGCGUUUCUACGCAGCUGAGAUCAUCCUGGGUCUGGAGCACAUGCACAAUCGCUUCGUCGUCUACAGAGACCUCAAGCCAGCCAAUAUCCUGUUGGACGAACACGGUCACGUGCGCAUCUCCGACCUCGGCCUGGCCUGCGACUUCUCCAAGAAGAAGCCCCACGCCAGUGUCGGCACUCAUGGUUAUAUGGCUCCAGAGGUUCUUCAGAAGGGGACGGCGUACGACAGCAGCGCCGACUGGUUCUCCUUAGGCUGCAUGCUCUUCAAACUCCUGCGAGGGCACAGUCCCUUCAGACAGCACAAGACCAAAGACAAACACGAGAUCGACCGCAUGACGCUGACCAUGAACGUGGAGCUGCCAGACUCUUUUACUGCAGAGCUCAAAGACCUGCUGGAGGGGCUGCUGCAGAGAGAUGUGUCCAAGAGGCUCGGCUGCCAAGGCCGAGGAGCCCUGGAGGUGAAGGAGCAUCAGUUCUUCAAAGGCAUCGACUGGCAGCAGGUGUAUCUGCAGAAGUACUCUCCUCCUCUGAUCCCUCCCAGGGGAGAGGUGAACGCCGCCGAUGCUUUCGACAUAGGCUCCUUUGAUGAGGAGGACACCAAGGGCAUCAAGCUGCUGGACAGUGACCAGGAGCUGUACAAGAACUUUCCCCUGGUCAUAUCCGAGCGCUGGCAGCAGGAGGUGGCAGAGACGGUCUACGAGGCCGUCAACUUGGACACGGACAAGAGCGAGGCUCGAAAGAGGGCGAAGAACAAGCAGCUGGGCCACGAGGAGGACUACGCUCUGGGGAAGGACUGUAUAAUGCACGGCUACAUGUUGAAGCUCGGGAACCCCUUCCUGACUCAGUGGCAGCGCCGGUACUUCUAUCUCUUCCCCAACCGGGUGGAGUGGAGAGGAGAGGGAGAGUCACGGCAAAACUUGCUGACGAUGGAGCAGAUCGUGUCCGUGGAAGAAACACACGUGAAAGACAAGAAGUGUAUCCUGCUGCGCAUCAAAGGAGGGAAGCAGUUUGUAAUGCAGUGUGAGAGCGAUCCCGAGUUUGUACAGUGGAAGAAAGAGCUGAACGAAGCGUUCACAGAAGCCCAGAAACUGCUGCGUCGGGCUCCCAAAGUCAUCGGAAAAGGCCGGGCUGGAGUGGUGGAGCUUUCCAAACCUCCCCUCACACACCGCAAUAGCAACGGCCUGUGAAUACACACGCAUUCACUCACUGGCCACGUUAUGAGAUACAACUCUUGAAGCUAAUGCAACCUAGCACAAUCUCCCAGUUUCAAGGACUAUAAUCGCCUAAAAGCAGAUUCGAGGGUGUUGGGUCACCAUUGGAUUGUACAGACGUACCUAAUAAAGUGGCCAGUGAGUGCAACACACGCGCACACACUCACACCCACACACCCCUGACACUGCAUCGCACCACUCCUCAUCAGCCACAGGACAGUUGCCCCCUAAAGCUGUAUGUGUGCGAGUGUGUGCGCGUGUGCCCACCUCUUACCAACCACACAUUCACACGCACGCUCCCAAGAUGGCUGGGCUGCCAGUCAUAUGUGUGGGGGGUCCCUGUCAUGGGAACAUGCCAGUCACGGAGGAGGAAAGUGCAACAGGGAGAGGAGAGGAAUAACCUGCAUGAAUGUGACAAUGACUCACACCUGGUCCUCUCCUGUUUCCACCUUUCCUCCCCUUCAUCCUCUCUCCCUGCCCCCUGCCUCCCUCAUCACCACCACCUUGCUCUGUUUAAAUCAGGUUGGAAACCUGACACACUCCUACGAAAAGCCACCGAGCUGAAUGUCGGACUGCUGUUGGCCAGCUACGAGGCGGGCGGGCGAGACCACGCUCUAGAGGAGAAUGUAUGUGUAUGUGGGGAAAAGCACUGGGAGACAGGCUGCUGGUUCUCCUUACCCCUCCCUCGAACCAUUCCCCCUCUCUGUUACUGAAGUGCAUAAAGUGCCAACAUCAGUAUUUGAGUCACCUGAGCAUCCAGGAGGGACGUGCUCCGGUGGUGGUGGUGGUGGUGGUGGUGGUGGACGUCGUGGGAGUGCUUCAUCAUUCCAGUGCAGAAAACCUGGAAGUACGAGGACCUCAGACUCUUUCAGAUUGGCUCCUGCGCACCCAGUUACCACACAGACUGAAAUAUCAUUGGCUAGCGGAUAUCAGCCGGUUGCCGCGGCAACCAUUAAGACUGGUAUACCUGGGGAUCGGUAACCACGGACAACAGUGACUAUUGUGUAUUAAUGCACUCGUUGAAAAAGAGACAGCAGCAGAGGGAGCGAAGGAGAAGCUGUGUAUAUAUGAAACCCCGUCUCUGUGCAUCUCCAGUGUUUUAGUGUUUGCAUUAUUGGGGACUGUCUGUGAAUUUGUCCUGGCUUGUUUUCCUGCUGGGAGGGGAGGGGGAGGUGUGGACAGCGUUACCUCAGUAGGACUGUGGGAUUGAACACGUGAAGCUUCGAAGCUCUCGAUGGGCCAAAUGUCGCUGCCACGACGAGUGCGGCGUCAUCAUCUCGCAGCUUUUUGGAAAUAACAAUCAUCCUUGUAGGUUUACAGGUUGAGCGCAGGAAGCUGAAGCUAAUUAAAGGAAAAAGUCACCCUCAAAUACAUCCAACACAACCCUUAGAGCUGGAAUGUCCUGGACUGGGUGAGGGCGCAUGUCCCAGAAUGCCCCUGGACGGAGUCCGGGGAACGUUGAGCUGCUGGUUUUACUUUAAGGUAAAGGCAGCGUUGGGCUGUUGUUUUAUCAGUUCAUUGUCGAUUUUCUAGCUUAAUUGUAAAGUCUGUACGUUUCUAACAAUCCAGAAAUCAAGCGGUUCUGCUGCACAAUAGUCCGUGUUGAUUGAAGAGCUGAAGCUCAGUUUCACGUUUGAACUUGUUUUCUACUUUUGGAAGAGUUCGUGAUUGAGUCCAGUAUUUCUAGGCCUCGGAUCCAGUGUUUGGAGUUGCAUCGUUAAACGACUCAAAUUCACCCGUUAGUGUAUUUUUAUUGGCUUUAAAUUAGUGAUUUAACUAAUUUUGUGAUUUUAUUUAACUUGAUUUCAGCUCAUAUAAAUAAAUAUGAAAUGUUCUGACCCUGAGUGCCGCCAGGUUGGUCCGCUGGACGCUGUGGACGUGUCUGAGUGGCUUGAUUGAAACACCCCAAACAUCAUUUCAGUGUGUCGGCCAGCAGUGGGGUCGGAUGCUUCUGUUUUACUGUCUGCUUUGACUAUUGGCUGUAAACUCCACCUAAAGCAUAUUUGAUGCAAUUGCAUCAGCGCCGUUUCUCCCAUUCUCAGUGUUUGAGGGUGAAGUUUUCCUCCAAGUCUUUUCAUGAUCCUUAUUAUUUUUCCUUUUUUUGUACCUGGACAAGACAAAGUUCAGAUAAAAGUGAAACCUUACAUUAAUGUUGAUUUGUUAAUUCUGUUGUGCUGCAGACUCAACGUGUGGUGACAAAGAGUCGUAGUGUUGAGGAACAGGAAGUGAUUCAUGGGGGAUACAGGGAUGAAUUUCAGGGUUUUAUUUCUCUCGCAGCGUCUCGUCUGUGAUGUCCAAGCAUUUCCAGAGCUGUGAUGUGUGAGCGUAGAGAAAGUGGAGGCGAAGAGACGCAUCGUGCUUUUGUUUUUCUUUGUAGCCUUUACCAGUCAGGGCGAGAUUUAUUAAUGUCUUAUAGAGAAAUGUCGUCACCUCUCAAGGUGUCUUUUAUUUUUGUAAACCAAACUGGUUUUUAUUGUUUCCAUUGAAAUUUAUGUUGUUGCACCUUUUUAGCCCGAUGUGUGUUACUUAAUAGUUGUUCAAUGUGCCAAAUAACUGUUGCUGAUUGAGGGAACCAAUGGGAAGCCUCCCUUUUCUCGACUUCUGACCCUUCACACCGCGGACGUUUUAAAAAUGAAAGUGGACAAAACUGUGACCAAACGUGUGGUUGUGGACCCCCGCCACGCUGCCACGCUGCCAUGGGGCCUCGGGGACGCGCGCCCACGUGGCUCUGCUCUCGCCUCAUUCCUGAAGCGUCUUUCUCCUUCACUCUGUACGUUUGUCAUGUGAACGUGGGGGCAAGCGUGCGCUUCAUUCCGGCGCCGUGUGUUCGCCCAGUGGUUUUGAUUUCAAUUCUUUCUCUUCCUCACGGAUUCUCCGCUCGAACACAAGCAACACAAGACGAUUUUAAAAAGGGUGGCAUAUAGGAAAAAAAAUCAAAGUAUAUAUAAAUAUAUGUGUAUAUGAAACGACAAAAUGCUUUAGGUUUAUUUAAAAAUGUAAUGUAGAAAACAAGAUGACGUUGUUCAGGGGGGUUUGAUGUGAGUAUAAUUGUUUGUGGUGAAGACUUCAGCUCGAAUCUUGCACAUAAAGACUUUAGAUAUUGUACCUGCGAGUUCCAGAUGAUUAUUUUUGUUUAAUGCCGGACUCUUUGCUCUUUCAUAUUUAUUGCGUGUGGGGAGCUCUCUGGCGGCGUUUCUCCUCCACAUGUAUGAGCUGUCAGCCGAGAGCUCGCUGUAGAAAAUCCCCCAGUUUACACCCAUCAGAACGUCUUUGUUUUAUUUUUCAUAUGCCACAGACAAACAAAUACUACUGGCUUUGGGUUAUUACCAUUAUGAUAAUACUGAUAUAUAAUUGAUAAUAUUAUUCAAGGAUUGUUAUUAAAUUUAUUUUAUUUCAAUGAUUUUGUUUGUUUUAUUUUCCAGACAGGUAGGAAGUUACAUGUUGGACUGCUUGUAAAAACAGUUCAUGAAUAAAAUCGUUUUACGUGUUCCAUGUAUCUGA